AUGUCGCUGUUAAAAAAUAUCUCAAAGUUAACACAACGCGCUAGCAUUACUCGAAGUGUUACUACUAAUGGUUUCGCGUCUAUAGGGUCUUCAAAGAGGUCAUUCGCGUCUACCAGUUCAAGUGAUGAAGACCUUGCGACCAUCAAUAAAGUUAUGUUAGUUGGUAAGGUAGCUGAUAAACCCAAAUUUUUUGCACCGGCCGGUGGAACUGAACGAGUUAAUUAUCAGAUCACGACCUUUGUCGUUAAUAAUUCUGGAAAAGUUGAGACAAAACACUUGAUUCAUUGUCGUCAUCCUGCUCAAAUAUCAGCAAUAAAAAAUCUUAAUCCUGGUGAUGUCGUAUAUGUUGAGGGGAAGUUAUCAUACUUUAGCAGACCACUCGGGCAGGAGAGAGUAGCCCAAGUUUUUCAAGGCAAGCAUUGGUUCUUUGCUCUUUGGCGAGAAAUCGUAUCAUCUUGUAUAAAAUUUCAUCAAUGA